AUGUCUCUCCGCAACAGCAACGUCGUCGCUGCCGACCAUGAGCAGGCACGUCGCCUGUCAGUCGCCAUGCACGACAUCAAACAGGUCACCCACGAUGCCAACAAGGCCUCGGAAUCCGAGCAGAAAAUGACUCUGCGCGAGGGCAUCCGACUUUACCCCAAGGCCAUUGCAUGGUCUGUCCUCCUCUCCGCCGCCAUCAUCAUGGAGGGUUUCGACAAAGUUCUCAUUGCCAAUCUGAUGGCGGUCCCUGCCUUCAAAGAAAGAUUCGGCUCACCCAUUGCCGACGGAUCCUACGAAAUCACAGCAGCAUGGCAAGCCGGUCUCACCAAUGGAGCCUUUGUUGGUGAAUUCUGCGGUCUGUUUCUCAACGGUAUCAUUGCCGAUAAACUCGGCUACAAGAAGACCAUGAUUGGUGCCCUCUUCCUCACCAAUCUCUUCAUCUUUGUCGUCUUCUUCGCCCAAAACAUCACCAUGCUUCUCAUCGGUCUCAUACUCUGCGGUAUUCCCUGGGGCGUCUUCCAGACCCUCACCACCACUUACGCCGCUGAAGUGGUCCCUGUCCCCCUCCGCCCGAUUCUCACAACCUAUGUCAAUCUUUGCUGGGUCAUGGGCCAGUUUCUCGCCUCGGGUGUGCUAAAGGGUGUUGCGGAGCGUCCGGACCAGUGGGCCUACCGCAUCCCCUACGCGUUGCAAUGGAUCUGGCCCAUCCCAUUGAUGAUUGGGAUUUCCUUCGCCCCGGAGUCGCCAUGGUGGCUCGUCCGCAAGGACCGCGAGGACGACGCAAAGAAAAUGCUCAUGCGUCUGACUUCGCCCGAGAGACACCCUGAAUUCAACGCUGACGAGACUAUCGCCAUGAUGCGCCACACCAACGAAUUGGAAAAGUCCCUCUCAGAAGGGACAUCCUACCUCGACUGCUUCCGCGGCACCGACCUCCGCCGCACAGAAAUCGCAGCCAUGACCUGGUUCACGCAAGCCUUCUGCGGAGCCUCCCUAAUCGGCUACUCAACCUACUUCUUCCAGCAAGCCGGCCUCUCCGACUCCAACUCCUUCUCCAUGUCCCUCGGCCAAUACGCCAUCGGCGGUGUCGGCGUCUUCAUCGCCUGGGCGCUCAUCCCCCGCGUCGGCCGCCGCACCCUCUACCUCUGCGGCGACGUCGUCAUGCUCAUCCUGCUACUGCUCAUCGGCGGCCUCGGCGUCAUCGACAGCGACAACGUAGGCGCGCAGUGGGGCAUAGGCGCCAUGUUGCUCCUCUUCGCCGCCGCCUACAACUGCACCGUCGGCCCCGUCUGCUACGCCCUCGUCGCAGAAAUCCCAUCCACGCGCCUACGGCAGAAAACCGUGGUCCUCGCCCGCAACUUUUACAACAUAGCCAGCAUCGUCGGUAACGUGCUUACACCGCGCAUGUUGAACCCGGGGGCGUGGAACUGGGGCGCUAAAUCGGGCUUCUUUUAUGCGGGCACGUGUGCGGCUUGCUUUGUUUGGGCGGCUUGCAGGUUGCCGGAGCCCAAGGGGCGGACGUAUGCGGAGUUGGAUAUCUUGUUUGAGAGGAGGAUUCCGGCGCGUUUGUUUCGGGGGACGGUGGUGGAGGGGUUUGGGGGCGGGGAAUUUGGGGGUGAGUAUGGGGAGAAGAAAGGGGGGGUUUCGACGCAUUUGGAGCAGGUUGGUUCCAAGGAUCAGAUUUAG